ACCACCAUUCCAGCGCCCACCACGGGAAACACCUCAUAGAGGACCUGAUCAUCGAAUCCUCCAAAUUCCCGGCGGCGCAGCCCCCCGAUCCCAACCAGCCCGCCAAGAUCGAGACCGACUACUGGCCGUGCCCUCCAUCCCUGGCUGUCGUGGAAACGGAGUGGAGGAGGCGGAUGGCGUCCAAAAGGGGCGAGGAGGAGGAUGAGGAUCUGUCGGAGGAGAUGAAGAACCUGCGGGAGCUCCAGCGGCAGGAGCUGAGCAAGGUCACCUCCAACCUCGGCAAGAUGAUCCUGAAGGAGGAGAUGGAGAAAUCGCUCCCGAUCCGGAGGAAAACUCGCUCGCUGCCGGACAGGACGCCGUUCCACACGU